AUGCUUGGGGAGGCGGAGCGGCAGGCUCAGGCAGAGGAGGCUUGGAGACAGCAGGAAGCUGAGAGGGUUCAAAAGCUGGAAGAGCAGCGAAAGGCAAGGGAAGAGGUGGAAGCGAGGAAGAAGAGGAGAUCAGAGGAGCUGCAGGGGUUGCGGGCCAAGUUGGAUGCUCUCAAGGUGGAGAAGCUUGACAUGGUGGCGCAGCUGAAGCAGGUGUUGCUGACAGAGGACUCAGAGAAGGCCAGGGCAGCUGCUCUAGCCGCGCUGGAAGAAGGGGAGAUGCUGGUGGAGCCACUCCCCCUACCGGCACCCCAGGGGAUGCCGCACCUGGCACCCAUGCCGAGCGUAGGCUCCAGCGCAUUCCCAUCCAUCACCUCCCCGCAGCCAGCCACCCUCAUGCCUGCAUCCUUUCCCGCUCUGCAGACCCAAGGGUCCUCAGCAGCAGGGUUGCCGCUGCACAUGUCUCAGCCUCUGGCAUCUGUAAACUCUGGAAGAUUGCAGAGCGGGUCAGGCCGCCUCCCUCCUCAUCUUGCAGGCGAUCACCCUAGCAGGGCAACACCAUCCACACUGUUUGGGGCGCCAUCGCUGCCUCCGCAUUUGCAGAAGUGA